CCUUGACAGCGAAAAAACCCAUUCUGUUAAUUGGCAUACAAAACCUUAAACCCUAGCUCAAACCCCUCUCCCUGUACUCUAGUCUAGUUUCUUACAACAUUCAGAAAAUAGCCGAACAAGCCUCAAAUGGGAAUACCUGCAUUCUAUCGUUGGUUACUGGAGCGUUAUCCACAGUCUGUUGUUGAGGUUAACGAAGAAACCCCAGCCGUCAUUAAUGGGGUUACUGUCCCAAUUGACACUAGCGACCCUAAUCCCAACGGCAUUGAAUUCGAUAAUCUGUAUUUGGAUAUGAACGGAAUCAUUCACCCUUGUUUUCAUCCAGAAGGCCUGCCUGCCCCGGAGACACACGAGGAAGUCUUUAAAGCGGUUUUCAAGUACAUUGAUAGAAUAUUUUCAAUUGUUAGGCCUCGCAAGCUUUUAUACAUGGCGAUUGGUUAGUGAACUAUCAUCAGU